UUGCCAUUUAGCAACGAGAAAACGAUAAUACUCUCUCCUGAAAGGAACAACGAGAAACCUUUUGUCGGAUUAGCGUUCAAGCUUGAGGCUGGAAAGUACGGUCAGCUCACUUAUUUCCGAGUAUAUCAAGGUCAACUGAAUAAGGGUGACACCAUUUAUGCUUCGAAGGAUGGCCGUCGGGUUCGAGUUCAGCGACUUGUUCGAAUGCAUGCUGCUGAAAUGGAGGAAAUCAACACUGUCUACGCUGGUGACAUUUGCGCUACAUUUGGAUUAGACUGCCAUUCUGGUGAGACGUUUAGCAGCGAUGCGAAUGUUCCGCCCCAUUGUGAGUCCAUGCACAUACCGGAACCAGUCAUUUCCAUGUCGAUUAAACCGAUCAAUAGAAAGGAUGGAGAUAAUUUCAUCAAGGCAUUGACUCGCUUCACAAAGGAGGAUCCGACUUUCCGCAAGGAGUACAAUGCUGAAGCUAAGGAAACGAUUGUUUCGGGAAUGGGAGAACUUCAUUUGGAAAUCUACGCACAACGAAUGAAAAACGAGUUCAAUUGUCCAGUGGAGUUGGGAAAGCCAACGGUAGCUUACAGGGAAUCCCUCACUAAGCCAUAUAAGUUCCACUUCCGACACAAGAAACAGACUGGUGGUCAGGGACAGUUUGGUGAAAUUGAGGGGGUUAUCGACCCGCUCCCGGCUGAAAGGAACACUCACAUAGACUUUACGGAUGAGACCUUCGGAAACAAUAUUCCGAAAUCGCUUUUCCCAGCACUAAAGAAGGGUCUGGAUAUGAUAGUGACCGAAGGGCCUCUGAUUAAAGCUCCCAUUGCGGGCAUCAACGUCCGUAUCCAAGACGGAGCAACUCACGCUGUGGAUUCCACCGAAAUAGCCAUGAUCAACACGAUGCAGAAUAUGAUGCGUGAAGCCUUCGAAAAAGCUGAUUGGAUGCUUCUCGAACCUAUUAUGACAGUGGAAGUUACAACUCCAUCUGAGUUUCAGGGCAACGUAACAACAUCGCUAAGCCAGCGGAAUGCUAUGAUCACCUCUACCGAUACAACAGAAGGAUAUACUACGAUAGUUUGUGAAUGUCCUUUGUCCGACAUGUUUGGAUACACUUCUUUGUUACGAUCGUUGACAGAAGGAAAAGGAGAGUUUACGAUGGAGUAUUCUAGGUAUGCGCCAACUGCUCAGGACAAUCAAGAUGCUGUCAUUCGUGAAUGGCAAAUUGCCCACGGUCUCAUAGAUCCGAAUGCCGAAAAGGGCAAAAAGAAAAGAAGGUGA